AAAACAAUGGCGAGACUGUUGCCACCUUCAGAAUUUGAGGAUUCCUCAUGGAGGAUACUCAACGCACGGCCUGUGUUUGGAUGCCUCGGGCUAAUAAACAUUCAGAAAGAAUGCUUUGUUGCCAUUGUGACGGACUGUGUAUCGGUGGGCAGGAUAAGGGCAGGAGAAGAGAUUUAUAGAAUCCAGAGCGUGUCAUUUUAUUCGCUUGCGUCUUCGAAAUACGAUGAUCUUGAUUUUUCUAGUAGAGAGAACUGGGAAACAGAGGAGUUUGAUCAGCCCAAUGCAAGUCCUACUACUCUUCAGCAUCCUUGCCUUCAACUACAAAAAUUGUUUUCUAUCGGCAGCUUUUAUUUCACACCUGAUUUCGAUCUUACAAAAACAGUUCAAGCGAGAACUUCGGCGGCAUCUAUGGGCGUUCAUGCAUUCGAUGACCACUUUUUGUGGAACAGGUUUCUUGUAUCUGGUCUUUUGGAUUUUAGAGCAAAGCUUGACAGAAAAAAGCAAAUGGACCUUGACCGAGGAGGUUUCUUGGUAUUUGCUAUCCGAGGCUACGUUGGGACAGAACAUGUAUAUGCUGAUGAUGAAAAACUCGAACUUUCGGUUAUAUCCAAACUAAGCUGCAAGCGAGCAGGAACACGUUUCAAUUCUCGUGGUAUCGAUGACAAUGGCCAUGUUGCAAACUUUGUCGAGGCAAUCUUGUACUCUGACCAAGCAUGUUAUUCCUUCACUCAAGUGAGAGGAAGUGUUCCAGUGUUUUGGGAACAGCAGGGAAUGCAACUUGUCAACCACAAAAUUCAGAUUGCAAGAGGGCCAAGCGCCACCCAGCCAGCUGUUAAUCGACACUUUAAAGAGCUAGUCGAUCGUUAUGAGGCAGUAUCCAACGUCAACUUAUUAUCAGAGCGAGAAAACACCGGGGAGUCUCUUCUUGGAAAUGCUUACAACACGGCUGUUCAACAGCUUCACAUGCCAGAAAAUGUAGUUCACAUGGUCAAUUUUGAUUUGCAUGCAGAAUGUAAAGGAGGCAACUACGAAAACAUGUCGUUUCUGAUGCAAACUAUCCGUAAAGACCUAGAUAGCUAUGGAUAUUUCCUGAUGGACCCAGAUGACAAUCAAAUCGUGUGUACCCAAAAGGGUGUGUUCCGAACAAACUGCAUGGACUGCCUAGACCGUACCAACCUUGUUCAAAAUGAAAUAUCGCGCCUGUCUCUCACAAACUUCUUGACCAACAGAGGACUAAACCAGAGACGAUACUUUGAUGGCAUCAUGACACGUCAUGCUCAUUUGUGGGCAGAAAACGGUGAUGGUCUUUCGAAGAUUUAUGCAGGCACAGGUGCACUCAAGUCUGCAUUCACACGAACGGGAAAGGUUACGUUUAUGAAUGUGUUGAGUGAUGCGACUCGAUCCGUAAAUCGAUUCUAUAUCAAUAACUUUCAAGACAAGGCGCGACAAGAAGUCAUUGAUCAACUUUUGCUACUCGGUCUUUUUUUUCUUCUUUUUUUUUUAUUAGGGAGUAGCGAGGAACCAGAUAUUUACGCUGUUGCAUUCCAGGAAAUUGUCGAGCUUUCCCCCCAGCAGGUGAUGGUGACAGAUGCAGAUAAACGAAAAGUAUGGGAGCAAGAAAUAGAACGCACCUUGAAUUCCAGAAAAGGAGGUGAAGCAAAAUACGUUCAUCUUCGAUCCAACCAGCUGGUUGGUGCGGCCUUGAUGAUAUAUGUAAAAUCAAGUAUUGUGGAAAAUAUCCGAAAUGUCGAGACGGCUAUCAAAAAGACGGGAAUUAUGGGUAUAGCAGGAAACAAAGGGGCUGUGGGCAUUCGGAUGGAGUACGGAGAUACCAGCUUCUGUUUUAUUGCUGCACAUUUUGCAUCUGGCCAUUCGAAUUAUGAAGACAGAAAUAACGAUUUCCAUACCAUUAAUCAGGGACUCACUUUCCUUAGAGGAAGGUCCAUCAGCAGCCAUGACAACAUUAUGUGGAUGAGUGAUCUAAACUAUCGUGUUGCUCUAUCGAAUGAAGAAGUAAGUACUUGUGUGUAUGGGGGAAAUUUGGAUGCUUUGCUGAGAGCAGAUCAGUUACAAAAUGAAAUGCGUCUGCAAAGAGUGUUUUCUGGAUAUGAGGAAGGGCCAAUCACCUUUAUGCCUACCUACAAAUAUGAUAAUGGAACCAACGUCUAUGACACUAGUGAAAAACAGCGUGUCCCGGGUUGGACUGAUCGUAUUAUAUUCAAAGGAGAUCACUUGAAACAGAUUCAAUAUGCCCGUGCAGAGCUCUAUACAUCAGAUCAUAGACCA